GUAGCGCUCCUCCAAUUGCCCUAAAUUUCGUCAAGCAUCGCUUGUCCGAAAUUAAAAUAUCUUAAAAUCACCGAGUACUGGUGGACCCUAGGUAAAGUAUUUAACCAACCCUGAAGUGGUGGUUUGUUCCUCUUUCCUCCUUCAACUCGGAAUGGAUUCCUACGCUCCACUCCUCGAGAAAAUCCGAAUACCCCAACCUUCACUCCAGAAACUAGCCGUUAUCUCUAUCUUCGACAAGUUCCGUUCCAUCCCACCCUCCAAUCACGGUCGGGAUGCUGUCAGCCUCUGUCUCCGAUCCACCUCCCCCGCCGUUGUCGAUCAGUCAACCCGGGAACUCUGCCGCCUCGUUAAGGACUCGAAAUUGGAUAUCUCAACUGGGUUGCUGGAACUUCAGUCCGCUCUCGAGGAGUCCUCUAGUCCGCAAUUCGCCGGUGUUUUCAUCAAAGCGAUUGGGUUACUCACUAGACUUGGUUUCGAAGAAAAGCCAUAUUCAUUCCGGUUUAACUCGUCGGAUAAUCACCCAUUCGUCAAGAUACUUUCUUGCGGUAUUGAAGUUCAAGGCGAGCUUGUGAAACAAGUAAUUAUAUUUAUGACGAAGUGUAAACAUCUAGGGAUGGAGGCUGUCUGUGAUUUCUUGGGCCCUUUCUUGAAUUAUUGCAUUGUUAAAGUUCCUACUUCAAGUUCCAGUUUCGCAUUUGUGAGGAAUUUGAUGUCCACAAUGGCAGCAUUCUGCUGUUCGUUUCCUCUGGAGGCUGUUCCCAUUAUUAAACUGUUUACACGUCGUUUCAAAUAUUUCCCAAGUAAUAAUGCCGAGGAGGUUACAAAUGUUUCUUAUAUCUUUGAGUGCUUGGUGGAUGCAUAUCUGGUGGUUCUGAGGCUUUUGGUUGGGAUGGGAUCUCUUGUUCAUGAAGCUCAGUUAUGUGGCUUGGCACUGCUGGAGGCAGUUUUAUUGCAACAUAGGGAUUUUGCCAAGUGCUCGGGUGGGGUUGAGAAAAUUUUAGAUGUAACAAGGCACUUAUUGGCCAUCCAGAAAGAGCUUGGCCUUAAUUACGUGACUGAACUUUCGUCACUAAUGUUAUCCUUGUUCCCAAUUCUCGUCCAGUCGGAGCUAGAACAUGAACAGUAUUCUAUAUUGAAACUGGUUUUGUUUCUCUUAAGAUGGAAGAAUGAAGACGAACAUGGAAUUGGUGCUUUUCCAAGUCAAUUGAGUGAAGAGCUUUUGUUUAUUUUCCCUGUUCUUGCACUUGUUUCCUCUCCAUCCAGAUUUGUCAAACAAACUGCCACUGAUUUACUUUCUAUUCUGGGAAAGAUUGCUGCUGAUUUAAAAAUUGCACCAAAGGGAACACGAGUUACAGAUGGAAAGCAUCUUUCAGUCACUGCUCCUGGAAGCAUCACGUUUAGGUUUUUAAGGAAUCUUUGGUUUGAGGAUCAAUUGUCGUUGCAUGGUUUGGUUUAUGUCAAUCUUUUUUCUGAUGGUGGUGUCUAUGGGACUGAAGAGCAUUGUCAACUAAAAGCUUGGGCUUCCUCUGUAAGGGAGUAUUAUUUAGGAAUUAUUGGAAAGCAGAAAUCCAGAUCAACCAUCUCUCAGUCAGAAGAAAUAUUUCUUACAGAGAUGCCUGUAAUACUUUGUGCAGUUGCUAGUGUCUUCUUCUUGCAUCAAAUGGGAAACUCUGCAAUCGAUCUGUUGGCUAUUGGCAGUAAUGUUGAACCUAAGCUUGGUGUUCCUUUGCUGCUUAUGAUUCUCUUCUACAAUCAUAUAUUAUCAACUAAAGAAAAAGAUAAUGAUUUUCAUGAUAUGCAGCUUAAACUCUUGGGUUUGCUUCCAUCAGUUGCUUCACAUCCUGCAAUGAUACCACUGGCACUUCAGAUUCUUAUGCCAAUGCUUCAAAAGGAUGUAAAUCCUGCUGUAAAAGCUACUGCCAUCCGCUUGAUAUGUAAGACCUGGGAGAUCAAUGAUCGUGUCUUUGGGAGUUUGCAGGGAAUGUUGCACCCAAGUGGAAUAGUACAAUAUGAUGCUGAAAGAGAUAUCUGUAUCAGUAUUGCAGUUUCGAUUCGAGAUGUUUGCAAAAGAAAUCCAGAUAGGGGUGUGGACAUUAUUUUGUCUGUUGCGGCUUGCAUAGAAAACCAUGAUCCUUUGGUUAAGUCCCUUGGGUUACAAAGCCUUGCCCAUCUUUGUGAAGCUGAUGUGAUUGAUUUUUAUACUGCCUGGGGUGUGAUUGCAAAGCAUAUUCAGAACUACCUCGGAAAUGCCAUUGUUGCUUAUGGGCUGUCUCUUCUUUUGAGAUGGGGGGCAAUGGAUGCUGAAGCAUACCCAGAAGCUGCUACAAAAGUUUUGAACAUAUUGUGGGAUAUUGGAACAAGAGGAGAAGUUAUUCAGAGUUCUUUAUGGACGAGAGCUCGAGAAGCAGCCUUCACAGCUUUAAGGCAAUAUGAGGUGGUGCAUAUUAAGAGAAGCAUUCCAGAUUUCAGCACCAGGAACAUGGAAUUUCUGAUUUCUGAGGCUAACCCUGAUUUACUGACAGCAUUGGAAGAAUUUGAAAUCAGAAUUAUGAAUUAUGAACACAUUACAAGGCGCAGAUUUGUAAAGCAGAAAAGGGUCUCUGCAUCUGGAAGCAAGAUUUUCAAGUUGUUAGAUGUUGUCCCCGAGGUUAUUUUUAGUUCAGGAAGUACCAGGAUUAAAGAAUUACCUGGAGCAGCUUUACUCUGCCUUCCUACUCAAAAAGAUAUCAAGAACCAAGGACUGUCAAAAGGUUUACAGGACGUGCAUGCUAAAUAUGAGGAUACAGUUGUGGAAAUAUGUGCCUCUCUUCAGCUAUCAAGAAAUAGUUUGCUUGCCCUUCUAUCUGUGCAAUCAUGGAAACCUUUCAUGCAAAGAUGGUUGAGGUCUUGCACCAUGGUAGAUGAGGCAAAGGCGGAUCGUGCUUUGUUAGACAAAACUUCGAAGGCUGCUAAUGAUAUUCUGAAGACUUUAACAAGGUUAGCAGAAGCAGCAGUGCCCCGAGCUGCAGAGAAUGUCGCUCUAGCACUUGGGGCCUUUUGUCUGGUACUGCCUGCAUCUUCACAUACGAUCAAGUCAGUGGCUUCAAAUUUCUUGCUAAAUUGGUUGUCUCAAUACGAGCAUGAAUAUCGCCAGUGGUCGGCAGCGAUUUCUCUUGGGUUAAUCUCAAGUUGCCUGCAUGUGACGGAUCACAAGCAGAAGUUCAAGAAUAUAAAUGGACUCCUUGAGGUUGCAUCUAUUAGCAAGAGCACCCUUGUCAGAGGAGCUUGUGGAAUUGGAUUGGGUUUUUCAUGUCAAGAUCUUCUAACCAGAGUUGAUUCUGGAGCUGAUACUAAAUUUGAAAAAGAAACAUACUGGAUGCAGGAAACUGAACUGUUAAGAAAAAUCCUGAGGACCUUAGUCCAGAUGAUAUAUCAGUUCACCGGAUCUUCAUCUAGUAUUCUGGAAAAGCUGGCCAUAUAUUUUCCACUAGGAACGGAUGAUUGCUCCUCAUCUGAAGUUGAAAUUCUGAGGGAGGAUAGUAGUUAUCUAGAGGAGGAUGCAUGGAGUGUUGCUGGACCUAUCAUCGGUUUAGGGAAUUCACUUGGGGCAAUAUACAGAGCUGGCGCUCGUGAUGCAGUUCUUUAUUUAAAAGCCCUCAUUGUUUCGUGGAUUCCUACUGCAAAUAUUUUGUUCUCAAAGUCUGUUGCAGGCGAAACAUGUUUUCAAAUGUUGUCUCUGGGAGCAUGCCUUGCGCUACCAACCAUAACAUCUUUCUGCAUUAAGGUUGAACUGAUUGAUGAUCUUGAGUUAGCCCAUCUUGUGAGCAUCUUCAUGGAUCUCAUCUCUGGACUGUUGUCUGUUGGACCAUCUGAUACCUUCCACUGCAGCUUGUUGAUGGCGUCUUGUGCUGCAUCCGGCAGCCUCCUUCCUAUUGUUUUCAAUGCGGGGUUGCAUUCUCUAGAAGUCAAUUAUGUUAGAGGUUUGCUGGCAUUAUUUAGAAGAACUUACUCAAGUCCUAACCCACCAUUUACACAUCUAGGAGGAAUGCUUGGUGUUAUAAAUGUGAUGGGGGCUGGUGCAGGGACACUGAUAGGACACUUACCUUUACCCGCCAAGGCCAGUACAGUCAAUCAAAAGGAACUCUCUCAUGUUUUGGGUCCUCUACUUUCUAAUCAUGAUCUGGAGGCCGAAGCAACGUCACUGAUUCAAGACAUAUUCCUUGUGGCACAAAACUCUGAAGAUCCUCAGUUACAGCAGUAUGCAGCUUGGGCAGUUUCAUUUCUCAGGCAUUUUGUCUUCUCUAUAGGACACAGAAAUGAGGAGGAUGCUGUACAUAAUGACUCUGGUGUCCGUAAGUCAGUUCCUCAGGGAUUCGCUGAAGACAGUAUUGUCAUGAAACUCUGUGUGUGGCUCGUGCAGAUGAAUUAUUCUGAGCUUGGUACCAGUAUAAACAUCAAAACAACUGCUUUUGCUUUGCGAUGCCUGUCACACGCUCCAAGAUUGCCAUCGUUUGAUUGGGAAGCAGUCAUCAGACGAUGCAUGAAGUAUAGUGGUCAAGUUGCUGAGAUGCCUUCCCAAAGUAUAGCCCCCAGAAGAGGAAGUCUGAGGGAGGAUUGUCUUCUAUUCUUGUUAUCUCAUGCAAACCAAUUUGAUUCACUUAUUGGCUUCCUUGAUGAACUAUCUGAUCUAGCAAGGCUCAAGUCACUCGAGUCAAAUCUGCAAUCAUUAAUGCUCUUGCACCUGGCAGACCUGUUGAAGAUAUUCUCCAAUUCUAGAGUUGUGAAGCUUUUUGAUGAUGUGGCUGACUUCUUACAGUGGUCUGUUUCUUCUGAUCAAUACAACCAAGAAGAAAAAAUGUCCUUACGAGUUUCAUGCUGGAAGGGUCUGCGGAUAUGUUUGAAUGAUUCUGCACUCGAGACACAAUAUUAUGCAUAUCAUUUGGAACAUUGCAUGGAAGUUCUGUUUAGAAUGUUGCCAUGGUCUCAUUCAGGUGUUACUCUUGAAUCAUAUCAGAAGAUUUCCAAAUUGGAAUGGACUGAAGCAAUUGGAUGUCUUGGGAAGGCUCGGCAAGGCUGGCUAUCAGAUCUUCUGCUGGUUUCAGAUACCGAUUUCAAAAAGGAAAAUGACCAAAUUGCCAAACCUUUAAAAAAGGUUCAAGUUAAAGCCGCACUGGUUCGAAUUGGCUCCAUCCCGCUGUUGGAACUUGCAAAGUUGAAAGCAUAUAUGUUGGACACAAAUUCAGAAGUUAUCUGGAACAUCCUGGUAGAAGCUGCUGUAACUUUGCAAAAAAGUGAUGAAAGUACUCGAAAACAAUGGCUUGUUGACACAGCGGAAAUUCUCUGUGUGACCAGUUACCCUUCAACGGCUCUGCGGUUUCUUGGUCUGUUAAGUGGCAGCUGCUGCAAAUAUAUGCCUGUUUUGGUUGCUGACAGGAACAAUGUCUUGACGGACCUCCCUGCCACUCUUUCAUCUCUCCUCUUGGGCCCUGGGUGGGGUGUAGUUGCAGAUUCUGUAGCAUCAUAUGUUUGGAAAUCAACAGAACGAAUUCAUGAUUGGGCCAGACAUGUAAAGCGUGGUGUUUAUGUGCCUGGCUCACAACCUAUUGACGAGACUGAGAAUCACAUGGCUGAUUUCUUGUUGCAAGUGAUGCACCAUACCUGUGUUUCUCUGAAACAAUAUUUGCCUGUAGAGAAACAGCUGGGGCUUGCUAACAUGGUUGUCACAUGAAUGUGUGGAAACAAUUGAGGUAAACUGCAGAAUAGUUUGUUGUUUCAACUUAUUUGCAGAGAGUAGGAAGAUGGCCUAAAUUCCCGUAAUGAAACUUUUCAUGGAUGUCUAUGAUAAACUAGAACACCUUUUCUGGAUUUUAUGUGAAGAGAUGGCAUUUUCUUCUGUGUCGGGCAGAAACUAUAGCAACCGAUAAGGAGAUUGCAGACUAAUACAUUCUGAUGAAGCCAUGGACAAUAGUACUCGGUUGGAUGUCAAAAGGCUUAAUAUUAAUUACUACCCAGGAGUCAUUUAGGUGUGGUGGUUCGCUAUCACAAUUGGGAUGAAGUUUAGCCUUCUUGAUAUUUGCCAUUUUAGAGGUACCAAUCAGGGCCUCCCCGGGACACUGAUGUUGAAGUGUUGUGAAAUUAUCCCUGGUCCUAUUUGUUGGAACCAUCUACAAGCCGGCUAUCUGCAACUAAUUACAUUUUUGGGCUUUGAAAUAAAAGAAGGCAGUGAGUGCGGAGCAGAACAAGUACAGCAUUCCCGGGAUCAAAAGACCUUAUGGACGUGCAUGAUAUUUGUGAUGGCAUUUCUUCACAGGGUUCUAAGUAUCGAUAAGGACAACAUGAUUUUGGUAACGAUGUGCAGGAUUUCCACUUAUCAUUUUCUUUUUUCUAUUGUUUGAUUU